CAUGAUGUGGAUCUUCAUAUUUCUUUACGUCCUGUGCCCAAGCAUCUGUCAGGCGACUGUAAAAGGAAACUCGACGAAAAUCUACUAUUUCAAACUGACAAUAGACAAAAACGCAGUCGGGAACAUAACCAAGCUGCUGACACCUUAUCAGCUGAAUGACACUCUGACAGUCAACGAACUGAAACAGACAACAAAGUGUCAGAGUGACUCAGAAAGCGUGACGUGUAGCUGUGAACCAGGCCACAGGUGGAGCGACGACGUCCGUCGGUCUUAUAAAUGUAACGACUCGUGCACCUUCCCCAGCAAUGAAGCUCAGAUGUGUGUUUCUGACGGCGCAGUUGUCGUUUCAGGAUCUGCUACUCUGAAGGGAGAGAAGUAUCAAAGCUGUGUGACAAAAAAGACUUCUGUCAAAUACGAGGAAUGUAAUAGGAAUUUGUCAACAGAGAUGAAAAAAGUGUUCAGCACUUUAAGGGGAUUUGACAUCUUAACAAUUACAGAAUACAGGAUUGGAAGCAUCAUUGCAGAUUUUGAAAUGAACUUUGCUGACCGGAUCAUUUCAAAUGAUCUGAUUGAAAAAACGGGAAACUUGAGCACCAUCCUGCCAGCGUCGCUUGAGUUGGAGACUGCAGGUGUUGUUCAUAUACACAUGGAGACCAGACCUGUGCGUUAUAACGGCAGCACUAACUUCACGUGCAUAGCACACGAGGACCUGGUGGUCACGCCAAAGUGGACUCUGGAAAGCCCAGACGGAAUAUUUGACAUAACUAACGGCACAGUCGCAACAGUGACGUCACCCCCAAAGCAGACCACCAUCAAGCUCACAGGAGUGUCUGAAAUCUGGAAAGGAAAUUACACAUGUAAGUACUACUACCAGCGCGAUGGCUUCACCAUAUUGCACAAAGCCAGCGCUACCCUGGAUGUUUGCCUCCUGCCAAACAUCCACGUCUCCACCGAGCCGCCUUUUCCGCGUUGUAAACCCGGUGACGAUUUUGUGAAAGCAGCUGCCAGAUGUGAGAUAAGGAAGAGCAGUGAGCCUUAUAACGUGACCUGGACAGGUGACGUGCUUUCAUCAAAUGAGAAUAAUGAAACAGGAGUCUUUACAGCUGAAACAAUAGUGAGCUGUACCAACAGCUCUGAACCUGCAGAACUGGUGUGCACAUUUAAGAACAGAUGCGACCAACAGAAACCUGCCAGCGUUAGCAUCUACGUCAUAUACGCAAAUGAGAAGUUUUGUAAAGCUGAAGGUGAAUGGCCAGAAACCAAACCUGGUUUUACUGCAGAGUUAAAAUGCAAAGAUGCAGCUGGACUAAGACGAAGGAAAUGCAAGUCGGACGGGAAUUGGGAAGCAGAGAUUUUAAAUUGUGUGAACUUGAACCUUGCGGAUAAUCUGGAAAAUGCACAAAUCGCUGACAGUGGACGAGGCAACCUUGAUAAAAAUGCUGCAGAUGUGUUUUCCAGCUUUAAGAACAGCACUAACAACACCGAGGCUAUCAACUCUUUUGCCAACAUGAACACAUCAGUUUCUGUCCUCAGCACCUUGAAUGAAAAGCUAAAAAAAAUAAUGGAAGAAUCAGUAACAAAUGACUUUCUGGAAUCCUCCAGCAAUUUGCUGGAAAUUUCUCUUGAAGAAAUCUGGAACACAUCAACUUCUGAAACCAGCUUAACGCUGGCUGAGGAAUAUCUGAGUUCCGUUGAGCAAUUAAUCGAGAAGGCAAACGUAACGAAAGACAGCAAAAAGCCAAACGUAGAGGUCGUUACAUGCAGCGACGAAGACUCGUGUACAAACUCGGUGUUCAACGUAAACGUCACUCUUAAAAGUUCAGGCAACGGCACAGUGAAAACAACUGGAUUCAGACAGCUGGAGAGGUACCUGCCCUACGAGAACCAGAGCAGCGAGGUUACACCCAAUAGCAUUGUUGUGUCGACAACUACAGACAGAAACAAGGAUCAGGUUACCAUUACAAUCGACUUCCAGCUCACAAAUACGAGGCCUCGCCAUGUUCAGAUACAGUGCGUCUCCUGGGACAGCCAAAGCCGACGGUGGUCUCCAGAUGGGUGCGAAUGGGCGGGACCCGCUAAUGAAGGACGCUGCACCUGCAAGCAUUUGUCCUCGUUUGCGAUUCUUAUGUCCAGAUAUCCCAUAGAAGUCUACGGCUUGACUCAGAUAACCUACGUCGGGUUGUCCGUAUCAGUCAUGUCUCUCAUUAUCGGCCUCAUGAUAGAACUGGUCGUCUGGGGCGACGUAGUCAAGACAAAUACUUUACAUUUGCGCCACACUGCCCACGUGAACAUCUCUCUGUGUUUGCUGGUGGCAGAUUGCUGUUUUCUGGCGUCCACUAAGCCGAAGGAUGUAUCAACGAUUUGGUGUAAAACCGUCACAGUGCUGAAGCAUUUCUGCUACCUGUCCAUGUUCUUCUGGAUGCUGUGUCUGAGCACCACGCUUCUCCACCAAGCACUUUACCUGUUCCAUCAAGUGAGCAGGACAAACUACCUGAGGUUCUCGUUCAUCUUAGGCUACGCCUGUCCUUGCCUCAUCGUCUUUGUCACGUUUCUUACCUACAGAGCCGGCGCUGAGCAGGUUUACUACUCCAGAGACACCUGUUGGCUGAUCUAUGUCGGACUCAUGGAGGGGUCCAUUCACACAUUUAUCAUUCCGGUUGGCAUAAUCAUCUUCAUCAACAUCUUCUCCAUGCUGGUGGUAAUCAUGAAGCUUUUGUAUCACCAAGAGAACAUGGAGAAAUCUCACAAUAAAGAGAAAGCAGCUGCCAAAACUGUCUUGAGGUCAGUUGUUCUUCUGACUCCAAUCUUCGGCGUGACGUGGAUUUUUGGAUUCGCUGUGUUGUAUCUUGACCUCACAUCUGGUACCAUUGCUUACUUAGUCAACUACGCAUUCACCCUGACGAACGCAUUCCAGGGGUUGUUCAUUUUGUUGACCACAUGUCUGGGGGACAAAAUGACCCGUGACGCGCUGCUCAAACGCUUCAAGAGAAACGCUCCAGUAUCCACCAGCAGCAGCGCCGUGAAGUUAGACUCGUCAGUGAAGAAGUGAAAAU